AGAAGGAACCAAAGAAGAAGAAACAACAGUUGUCCAUUUGCAACAAGCUUUGUUAUGCAGUUGGAGGGGCCCCCUAUCAGGUGACAGGCUGUGCCCUGGGUUUCUUCCUUCAGAUCUACCUAUUGGACGUGGCUCAGAAGGCUGAGGGAGUUAUCUUUUGCCUCUUCCCAUCCUAGGUGGACCCUGUCUCAGCCUCCAUCAUCCUGUUUGUGGGCCGAGCCUGGGAUGCCUUCACAGACCCCCUGGUGGGCUUCUGCAUUAGCAAAUCUUCCUGGACUCGCCUGGGUCGCCUCAUGCCCUGGAUAAUCUUCUCUACGCCCCUGGCCAUCGUCGCCUACUUCCUCAUCUGGUUCGUGCCUGACUUCCAACAGGGCCAGACUCUGUGGUACCUGCUUUUCUAUUGCCUCUUUGAAACACUGGUCACGUGUUUCCACGUUCCCUACUCAGCGCUCACCAUGUUCAUCAGCACAGAGCAGAGUGAGCGGGAUUCUGCCACUGCCUAUCGGAUGACCGUGGAGGUGUUGGGCACAGUGCUGGGUACAGCGAUCCAGGGGCAAAUCGUGGGCCAAGCAAACACACCUUGUCUCCAGGACCCCAAUGGCCCUGCAGUGGCCUUGGGAAGUGUCAAUCGCACACAUGGCAUCAUCUCACUCAGAGAAACGCAAAAUGCAUACCUGCUGGCAGCAGGGGUCAUCGCCUCCAUCUACGUUGUCUGUGCUGUCAUCCUGACCCUGGGCGUGCGGGAGCGGAGAGAACCCUAUGAGGCCCAGCGGGCUGAGCCACUGUCCUUCUUCCGGGGCCUCCGGCUGGUCAUGAGCCAUGGCCCAUACGUCAAGCUUAUCGCCGGCUUCCUCUUCACCUCCCUGGCUUUCAUGCUGGUGGAGGGGAACUUCGCCUUGUUCUGCACCUACACCUUGGGCUUCCGCAACGAAUUCCAGAAUCUACUCCUGGCCAUCAUGCUCUCAGCCACGUUCACCAUUCCCAUCUGGCAGUGGUUCCUAACCCGGUUUGGCAAGAAGACAGCCGUAUACAUUGGGAUCUCAUCAGCAGUGCCAUUUCUCAUCUUGGUGGCCCUCAUGGAGAGUAACCUGAUUGUUACGUACGUGGUAGCCGUGGCAGCCGGCAUCAGUGUGGCAGCUGCCUUCUUACUCCCCUGGUCCAUGCUGCCUGACGUGAUUGACGACUUCCACCUGAAGCAGCCUCACACCCACGGAACCGAGCCCAUCUUCUUCUCCUUCUAUGUGUUCUUCACCAAGUUUGCCUCUGGCAUCUCGCUGGGCAUCUCCACCCUCAGUCUUGACUUUGCUGGGUACCAGACCCGUGGCUGCUCUCAGCCGGCACGUGUCAAGUUUACACUGAAGAUGCUGGUGACCAUGGCUCCCAUAGUCCUCAUCCUCCUGGGCCUCCUGCUCUUCAAGCUGUACCCCAUUGAUGAGGAGAAGCGGCGGCAAAAUAAGAAGGCCCUGCAGGCUCUGAGGGAAGAAGCCAGCAGCUCGGGCUGCUCUGACACAGAUUCCACAGAGCUGGCUAGCAUCCUCUAGGGCCCUCUGCGUUGCCCGAAGCCACCAUGCUGAAGGCCUGUGUCUCCAAGCACUCGAGGGAUCAGGACCUGUUUGCCCACUUGCUGAGCAGCUGGUCUGCAGGUGUCAGGAAGGGAACUGAAGACUCCGGAGGAAGUGGCCCAGGACACUUUCUGUGCCCGCUGUGGAGCCAGCUGCUCUGCAGCCUCCUGCCUCCUCUGCCCACCCGUGGGGCUGAGCCCUGGGGCUGCUACUGUGAAUAUGCCAAGGACUGAUCGGGCCUCGCCCAGAACACUAAUGUAGAAACGUUUUUUUACAGAGCCUAAUUAAUAACUUAAUGACUGUGUACAUAGCGAUGUGUGUGUACGUGUGUGUCUGUGAGCUAUUAAUGUUAUUAAUUUUCAUAAAAGCUGGAAAACAGCUGCCUGUU